AUGGGCCAUGACACACGACACGGGCCCACUCCGGAUUGGUGGGUAUUAACGACUACCGAUGCAACCGUUCCUGAACUACUAGACUGGAGUAAUGAUAAUAUUCUCGUAGCCGCUCUGGGCAGGACCUACCAUAAAUGGAGUUGGCGAACGCAAAGUCUAAUCAGUGACGGCUUCGCCCGGCAAGUCAUUCAAAGCUGCAAAUUUGAUCCAAGGGGGGAAUUGUUGCUCUUGGGAACUCACAUGAGUACAGUGGAGAUCCACAACAAUUUACUGAGCAAAUAUGUGAACAGCAACUUCUGCAGAUGUUUGCAAAGCGAAGGCAAGAUAUGUUCAAUCACAGCUCUAGACUGGAGUCCUACGGGAAACUCUUUUAUCACGAUGUUCUCGAGGGGUGAUUGUUACCUUCGACCGCGACUUACGGCUCAUCAGCUGGCGGCGUAUCUGCAAGACGGAGAUACAAGUUGUACGGGUGUCACCCGACGCCCGAUACGUGGCGGUCUCAGGCUUCAGCUUUGUAAUCAUCAUGGUGCUGUCCUGGCCGACAUUGGAACUGAAAUCCAGCCUUAA